AUGCCUGAUACAGUAAAAGGUUUAAAGGAAUCAAACAAGGCACUGCGCUCUGAAAUUGAGGAAUUAAAGUCUCAACUGAACGAAGUCAGCCAAAAAAUUACCUCACAGACCAACAAGAAAAGAAACCGGCCAUUGAAGAUCAGCCGCAGGUCAUGUCAAACGAUCACAAUAAAGCAGUAGAGUUUAUCGGCAAACAAGAGUGACGAUCUGGAUGCAUUUCGAAAACAAGCUACUCAAGAAGGCCUACUCUGGGGCGGUAAAUCGCCUUAAAUCGCCUAAAAUCGCAUUAAAUCGCGGGUUAAAAUUGUCGAAUUUCUCUUAAAUCGCCUAAAAUCGCUUAAAAUCGCCAACAUGCAUUCUGUUUGAUACAUUCAGUCCAUGUACUCAAGUUUAUCAAUUGCUGCUAUUUUAUGGGCAAAUCAUGUAAUCCAGGUGCUUCGCAAUCAAAAGCAAUGCAACAUGAAUUAGCAAUCAAAUAAAUGGAUUAGGCUGACAAUAUUUGGUGACUCAAUAUGCACCGGUCAUUGACAAAAACAGAGCCUUUUUCUGCUUUAUGCAGACUUUACAAUAAUUAGGUAAUUCUGGGAUCUGAAAGACCCGUAGAUCCCAUACACUACCAGCAACAAAAUUGAGCUAGUUACCAGAAUGAGUUAAUUUCAUUAUUGGUGUAAAUGGAGGCUGGGCUACAAUGUAUAUGGACUAUGGAGGCUGGGCUACAAUUAAUUAAUCUAUAAUCUACAUGGCUUCUCAAAACCUAAUUGCUGUUAAUUAGAACAACAGUAGGAGACUAGGAAAGUCAAUUAGUACGAGUGUUGAUUUAUAUAAUAAAGUCAUCCUGUAAUUUGUGCACUGUUGCAUGUAACAUCGAGCACUGCAUUGUAUACAAUGGUUGUACUUCGACAUGUGCAUGGUCAUACUCUAGCUCCUAGUUAUAAUUAUAGUGGCUAUCAAACGAAAAAUAUACGUGAGGUUAUGAGCGAUUUGCAACUCUCAUCUAUUAAAUUUUCCAGACCUGUAUAUAUAAUAAACAGUAAAACAAUGAUUACAUCGUACAUACCAUACAAUAGAUCUUUUGUUGUUGUUUGUUUGCAGAACCUAAAACCACGAUGUAGUGCGCCAUUUGUUUAAUACUGUAUUAUUUUGUUUUUAAUUUUAAAAUAAUUUAGAAAUUAGAAUUCCUACCAUUUAUAUACAAUAUACUUCAUGUAAUUUAAACAUUACGGCAUUACGCCGACAGUUUCCGAAUGCGUGACGAUACUGUUUCUGGAUACUGGGAUAUGAUAUAGAUAUCAAAAAUUUAAUAAAACAUGUUUGUAGCAUGAAGAAAGCACGAGAUUGAAACAGUUUAAAUAAAAUGCAAGCUAAAUAAAGAAGUUUUGACAUGAUACAAAACAAGACAAUUUCACUUACAAGGGUGACAAGGUAAUUUAUAGGAUUAUAGCUUGUUCAGUUAUACUGUAUAAAUACAUUGUGUGUUUCUCUUGUGGUUUUUUUGGAAAUCAAAUAUUUAUUAUAUUUUGCAAUUUUAACUCGACAUAAAUUAAUGAUAUUAAAGUUUAAGACAUGUGUAGUGCAUGCCCCUUAAGUAGAGUAUAUUAACUGUUUACAAUAUUUGUGGUAUAUAAUGUAGCCAUGAAUGACCACAUGACCCCACAAGAUGAACCCCAACGGCUUUUAAAUAGAGAAUGGAUGAAAAGUUCAUGAAAAUUGAGCUUUAUACGUGAAUCAGGUUAAAUACAAUAAUUAGUUAACCUAGCUUUAUAUAAAAUGUACAUACAUGUUCUAAUAAUUGUAUUUUGCUUCAUACAAUGCAUAUGUGUGUGGAAACAUUACAUUAUUAUUUAGCUCACUCCCCACAUUGGGACUUUUCAGUGACCGAUUACAUCAAGUACUAUGAUUACUUAUGUUAGCCUAGACUAUUUAUCUUUACAACAAUGAGAAUAUGAUAUUACUUUCCUAACUGUGUUUAUAUCCUUACCCACCCUGCCAAUUUUGCCUGAAACCGGAGCAAAAUAUUAAAUUCAAUUCCUUUGAAAACACCUAAAUUGCAAUCCCUAAAAUUUAAAACUUUUUCUUAAAUCGCCUAAAAUCGCAUUAAAUCGCAGUGCUUGAAAGUCCCAGUUUUUCCUUAAAUCGCCUAAAAUCGCCCAAAAUCGCAUCAUAUCGCAGCGAUUUAAGGCGAUUUACCGCCCCAGACUAGGCCUUCAAGAUAUUAAGAAAAUCGCUUCAAGACUUGAUAAAGUUAGUAGAAGCUGCGACGAAAUAUAUGAAGCCAUCGAAGCAAUCGAGACGUACAGCUAUCAGUAUAAUAUAAAGAUAGUUGGACUGCCGCCAGUUAACGACAAAGAAUCGUCUGAUGUGACUGCAGCGCUUUGUGUAAAGCUUUUUUCAGCAUUGGGUGUAAAUGAUGUCUCUCUACAAGAUAUAGACACUGCCCAUCGUGUCCCGAAGCGGAAUCGAAAUUCACCUGCUAGUCCCGACCCAAUAAUCUGCAAAUUCGUCCGAAGGCUUGCUAAAGACAAAGUCAUGGCGGCAAGACGUAAAAUAUACGAACUAAAGCCCGAACAACUCGGAUUCCAAGCACAGGAACAGCAUGGCCGAAUGAACAUCUACGAACAUUUAACACCUCGCCUUCAGACACUUCUCUUUGAGGCUAAAAAAGUGCAAAAUCGUUACGGAUUCAAGUACUGCUGGGCUAAGAACAACUACAUUUGUCUUCGAAAAUCUGAUGACUUGAGUGUAAUAAGAAUGAAGACACUUGAGGACCUUGCUAAGCUGACAACGGUUGAAGAUGCAAAAUGA